UGUCCAGCAGGCUUCCGUCCGUCCUCCUUCCUUUGGGCUUCCGUCCGCCUUCCUUCCGCGGAACCGAGGAACCGCUGGCGUACAUGCUCAGAUGCUUCCAAAGCGGCGGCGAGUGCGGGCCAGGUCUCCGGGCGGCCCUGCCGCCUCCUCCACGUCGUCUUCUGCGCUUUUCCCCGGCGUCGCGAUCUACCUGGCUGAGCCGCGCAUGGGCCGCAGCCGCCGGGCCUUCCUCACACGCCUGGCGAUGUCCAAAGGUUUCCGCGUCCUGGAUACCUACAGCUCUGAAGUGACACACGUGGUGAUGGAGGGGACCUCAGCGGGGGAGGCUGCCUGCUGGCAGGAAAACGAGGCUGCUCCUCCCCCAGGAUGCCCCCGCCCAGCUCUGCUGGACAUCAGCUGGUUCACAGAGAGCAUGGCAGCUGGGCAGCCAGUGCCUGUGGAGGGCCGGCACCGCCUGGAGGAGGCUGAGCUCAGGAAGGGGCCCCCAAACCCAGCAGCAAUGCCAGCCUAUGCCUGCCAGCGUUCCACACCCCUCAUGCACCACAACAGCAGCCUCUCGGAGGCCCUGGAGACUCUGGCAGAGGCAGCAGGCUUUGAAGGCAGCGAGGGUCGCCUCCUCUCCUUCUGCAGAGCAGCCUCAGUCCUCAGGGCCCUGCCCUGGCCCGUCACGGUGCUGAGCCAGCUUCAGGGGCUGCCAAACUUCGGAGAACAUUCCUCUAGGAUCGUUCAGGAGCUGCUGGAGCGAGGAGUGUGUGAGGAGGUGAAGAGGGUUCGAAGCUCUGAGAGGUACCGGACCAUGAAGCUCUUCACUCAGGUCUUCGGGGUUGGGGUGAAGACCGCCAACCGGUGGUACCAAGAAGGGCUGCGCACCCUGGAUGAGCUGCGGGAGCAGCCCCAGAGACUGACCCGGCAGCAGCGGGCAGGGCUGCAGCACCACCGAGACCUGUGCACCCCUGUGGGGCGGCCAGACGCCGAGGCUCUGCAGCGGCUGGUGGAGGCCACUGUGGGACAGGCCCUGCCCGGGGCCACUGUCAUGCUGACCGGCGGCUUCCGGAGGGACCUGGCCCGCAGGCAGUCUACCCUGCCCGUGCUGCCCCCAGUGCCACCCUGUCCCUGUAGGGGGAAGCUGCAGGGCCAUGACGUGGACUUCCUCAUCACCCACCCCGAGGAGGGCCGGGAGGUGGGGCUGUUGCCCAGCGUGGUGUGCCAGCUCCAGAGCCAGGGCCUCGUCCUGUACCACCAGCACCAGCGCAGCCACUUGGGGGACCCCGACCACCUGGCCCGGCAGAGCCACACCAUGGAUGCCUUCGAGCGGAGUCUCUGCAUCCUCCGCCUGCUGCAACCCUCCCAGCCUGCCAAGGGGGCAGACUCAGAGCCCCGGCCCUGGAGAGCCGUGAGGGUGGACCUGGUGGUCGCCCCCUGGAGCCAGUUCCCUUUCGCCCUGCUCGGCUGGACUGGCUCAAAGCUUUUUGAGAGGGACCUGCGCCGCUUCAGUCGGAAGGAGAAGGGGCUGUGUCUGAACAGCCACGGGCUGUUUGACCCAGAGCAGAAGUCGUGUUUCCACGUGGCUUCCGAGGAGGACAUCUUCAGACACCUGGGCCUGGCGUACCUGCCCCCGGAGCAGAGGAACGCCUGACCCCGUGCUGCCCGAGCCUGUCCUUAAUGCCCCAACCCGUGACCGUUGAAUAUCUUCAUGUGGAUGUGCUGCCACCCUGGUCUCACUUUUGGGGCACAGCUGUGGGACCCUGGGCUGGCCCUCAGCCUCCUCACACCCUGGUUCCUGCCCUGGCCAUGGAGCUGAGCCACGAAUGUCGUGGUGCUGCAGUGGGGGCUGCGCCAUCCACCGAGGCCAGUGGCUGUGUCUCCUGAGGCCUCUGCUCAGAGGGCCGGGAGCCUCCGGGCUCUGCCCCUGCUGCAGCCCAGAGCUGGCAGCUGUGAGGGUCCACUGUGCGGUGCGGGCGUCUGGAGGGGCCCAGGCCGAGAGAACUUCAGCUCCAAGGCAUCCCGCUUCUGCCUCAGGCCUGUCAGAUAUUCAGUGUUCUUAAAAACAGGCCACCUCCUGGCUCUCCCCACUCAGCCCUGUGGCAGUUCCCUGCCCAGAGCCCUCAGGGUGCGGGGAGCUUGUGUCCUGCCCCCCUGGCCAGCCCAUCCAAGUGCCUUCUCUCACUCCUGGCCCAGCACCGCCCACCUUAUGGUUCCUCAUGGGCGCCAGCCCUAUGGCAGCCCCUCUCCUGCUCUCUACGGAGCCAGUGUUCUGUGCUGUGCUUCGCACAUCCCCAAGCACUGUGGGCUCGGGGGUCACCUUUGCCACAUUGUCCACCUUCUCCGGGUCCUGCGGUCACCUUGCCAGGUAGGGCUUCCCAGACCACUCACCCACCGCAUUAAAAAGUAUUCUGAAAGUUAA